AUUUCCUUAUAUGAUAGUUUCGUUAUCAAUUUACUUUGAAUUAACUUUUUAAUUAUUAGCCUGGAUGGUUUACAUGUUGACCUUUGUUUAAUUACUUUGUACUUACUUCUUACGACAUACAACGAGUGUAUUAAGCGUUAACUCCUCUUAUCUGCUAAUCAUGAUUAUGAUAUGAAUUUUAGUGAUUUGAGUUUACAGAAUAGUUGUUGAUAUUUGUUACUAUCCUAGUAUUUACAAGGAAGACGGUAGCCAUGAGUGAGCGUCCGCAGCCAUUGAAGGCUAUCAACCGUUUCUUCGAGGGCAAGGAACCAUGGCAGGUUGCUACUAUGACAGCAACAUCCGUUCUUGCCAUUGUCUGGGCACACAGUCUCUACAAUGGCAGAGAGAGUGUUGCUACAAGGUUGAGAAAAGAGUUUUUCCGUUGGCUUCGUCAAGUGCCUAUGGUGAGACGUAAAAUUGAAGAAAAGAUGGCGGAAAUUAAGCAAGACUUCCAGAAGGAUAUUACCAAGCGAUUGGCCGGAGUGACAAUCAGACGGGAACUGCCGAGUACUGGUCUCUCAGCUGAACAGAUUUCUGAGGAGAUUAAGGAUCAUCUUGCACUGGGAACGUAUGAUUGGCGUGGCGGGAGCGUAUCUGGUGCUGUGUACCAUCUGAGCGAAGAGAUAGCUAAGGUUGCGUGUGACGCGUACGCCCUCACCGCAUACACUAACCCUUUGCAUGCCGACGUAUUCCCCGGAGUUAACAAGAUGGAGGCGGAAGUCGUCCGGAUGGCGGUCAACCUUUUCCAUGGCGAUGAUGAAUGCUGUGGCACCGUGACAACGGGUGGUACGGAGUCAAUAAUAAUGGCUUGUAAGGCAUUCCGUGAUUUGGCAGUAAACAAGGGUAUCAGUAACCCUCAGAUUGUGGUCCCAUCUACGGUACAUUCAGCAUUUGACAAGGCGGCACAGUAUCUCAAUUUGUCCGUGGUGACAGUGCCCGUGUCUCCAGACACGUAUACAGUUGAUGUAGACGCGGUCAGGAAUGCCAUCGGUAGGAGGACAUGUUUGAUCGUAGGAUCAGCUCCUAACUACCCGUACGGUACAAUGGACGACAUCGCGGCGUUGUCAGAGAUAGCGCAGGAGUACGGAGUGCCGCUGCAUGUAGACGCGUGUCUGGGAGGUUUCCUGGCUGCCUUCAUGCCUGACGCGGGCUACGACGUGCCGCUGUUCGACUUCAGACUGCCAGGCGUAGCUAGCAUAUCUGCUGAUACCCAUAAGUACGGGUACGCUCCGAAGGGUACGUCGGUGGUGCUGUACCGAAAGCCGGAGUACCGGCAUUGCCAGUACACCGUCACCACAGAGUGGCCCGGCGGUGUCUACGGCUCGCCCACUGUCAAUGGCAGCCGUGCGGGCGGACUGAUAGCGGCGUGCUGGGCCACUAUGAUGUACGUUGGCCGCGCGCGCUACGUGCAGAUGGCUGAUGAAAUUAUCACAACAGCCAGAUAUAUAGAGAAAGAGAUACGUAAGAUCGAGGGUUUAUUCGUGUUUGGAAAGCCGGUGACCAGUGUGGUGGCGUUCGGCUCCAAACAGUUCGACAUCUUCAAGUUCGCUGAACUCCUGCACAAGAAAGGAUGGGCGCUAAACGCACUGCAGUUCCCCUCAGGGGUGCACAUCUGCGUGACUCAUGCGCACACACAGGCGGGCGUGGCGCAGCGCUUCGUGGAGGAUGUGCGCGCUGUGGCAGCAGAAUGCAGGAGCACUGCCGGCGGCGAACCAGUACAAGGAAAAAUGGCGAUCUACGGCGUUGCUCAAGAAAUUUCUGACAGGAGCUUGGUAUCUGAUAUCACGAAACACUUCAUUGAUUCAAUGUACUAUUUGCCCACAUCUGAAGCCCAGUAGUAUAUAAGAAACAAUUAUUAAUAUAUAAGUAUUCAAAAUUGUGCAAUUUUUUUAGGUUAUGUAACGCAACUACGGCUAAGACGGCUUCUAUUCUUACUUGAUUAAAGAUUUUAAAGUUAUAUAAGUAAUAGAAAAGAAAUCGAUAUCGACGUUUAAAGUUAUUUAAAGUAACAAUUUAUAUGAAUGUCAUAUUUAAUUAUUUAUAGUGAAUUUUACUGUUCAAGUACAAUGGCAAAGAGUAAAGAUAAAUUUAUCUUUUAUCUAAAAUCAAUUACUCUUCAUAUUUUAAAUUAUAAGAUAGCAAAAUAUUAUUUGUGAUAUUUGUUACGUAAUACAAAACAAGAAAUAAAAGAAAAUAUGUUAAUGGGGAGAAAAAGUAGCGCUAAAUAUACCACAGAUAUACAAAAAAAUAAUUUAUUCCAUAUACAAAGUAUGAAGUAGUCAAAAUUUCAAAAAUAAGUAAUUUUUUUUAAUAAUAAUGAGAUAAUUAACAAAUUAUUUAUAACAAAAGAGGGAAUAUAUUAUUAUUACUAAAAUGACGUUUAAAAUUUUUGACAGAUGACAGCUCAUUUUUGACGCCAGCGUCACCUGCUUACAGCUUUUAGUUAUUCUCCCCAUACUUUAAUCCAUGAAAAAAAUAUAUUACUAAUGUUAAAUAGUGACAUCUAUGGAAUUUAUUAGAAAACAAAAAGUCUGCGAAUUGAAAAUAGAUGGCGCUUUCUUUCAGAUGUUCCAAUGAUACUACGAAACAUAUUGUCAUCUCUUUUAUUUUCUUUGAAUAAAAGAGAGAUGUCUAUAUGUUGAUAGUUUUGAUUUCUGCAGUAGUUUAUUGCGUUAAUUAUUUGGAUUAAGGGUUGUUGUAAAGUAUAUUCUAUUAUUUAAUUUGGUUUUAAAAUUGAAUAUUGAUAUUUUUUAAGUUA